CAUUCUGCUCUUGCUACUCUUUUCUGCUGGUUGGUUGCUUUCGACAUCGGACUUUGACGACGAAAUUCGGAUUCGCAGCCAUCAGCACAAGCAGACAAGAAGUGAUAAUAAUUCGCACAAUUUCACGAAAGUAGUGUUUUCCGUUCCCGAGGGCCAGUUCUGUAGGUUGAAGGUUAAGUAACUCGAAGAAAAUCCCUCCCGGAGAACAGAACCAAGAUGUGGCCAAUCGAAGGUUGCAGUAGCUGAGAGAUCGGAAGAUCACGCGAAAAAUCAGCAUCAGGCAGGUUGAUUCGAAUAAAAGGGAAGGAAGACGUGAAUAAAGUGUGGGGAAAACCUUCGAUCGAAGGCCAAUAAUUACCGACUUUGUGUGGAUUAUUCUGACGCCAGAAAACCCGGAGGCAGAAUCGAUUUCGGCCGAGACCCUUGAUUCUGUCACUUGGAAAAACAGAGUCGUUCGUACCCGUCAUUUCAAGGAGCUCGCAGGGAAGAUUCAAAAUUGAAAUUGAUGAGCGCCGCAACCACCAUCAGUCUGUGUUGAAAUUCCGCAUCAGAUAAUGGCAGAAAAAUGUAUCGUCACGAUUAAGGAAGAGCAGCAGCACCAACAGCAAUGUCCCAGCCCUCUGGGGGAGAUAAAGAAUGAUUCUGUGACGGCGUUGACCGGUACACCUACGACGAUCAUCACUAGCAGCAUCCCAUCAGCGACGACCGCGAUCAGUCUGCCAUCAACGACGACGGUAUCCGCCUCUUCGACUCCCACCCAAUCCGGCACGAUAGACUGCGACGACGAUGACCAGGAAGAGAACGGCGGCAAACCGCGCGAAAAAGGUUGCUAUGCGUGGUUCUAUUCCACAAAUCAUGGCGUCGUUGUUGGGCACUCUACCGGAAACCAGAUUCAUCUGGAAACACCAGCGCUCGAGGAAAAAAGCAACGGUGGCAUGAAUCUAGCGAAACCAAAGCGUCUGAGCGAUGAGUUUUACUCUGCCGACGAUGACUACGACGAGGACGACGACGACGAGAUGAUUGGUGGCGGAGAAGAUGGAGGCAUCGGAAUCAGUAGUAGCAGCAGUGGCAGCAGCAGUUUGACCGGAAUCAGUAAAAGUGUUGGAGGUGACGGAGAUUGCGAAGCGCACGCUAGCUUAAAUGAGAUUAAAAAUCUGAGUAUCACGAAUGGUGGUGCUGAGCUUGGUGAGGAUCGAUAUGAACAGGAUGAAAACUCGAUUUCCGAUCCGAUCUAUAUCAGUGAGGAAACUUCGUCAUGUAGUAGCGGUCACCAACGGAUCAUAGCUGAAGAAGCUUCCGUAAAAGCACAGGAGACUGAAGAGCCAAGUCGGCAACAUCCGGAACAGCCUUUGGGAAUGGAGCAGGAGGAAAUCCCAGAGGACGAAGGUGUUGCUGCGCUGGAAGAUAACCUCGAGGACGAUGAAGAUGACGAGGUGGAUGAGGAUGAUCCUCAUGAUGUGCAAUCAAUCGAUGCAAUCGAACGUCGGGAUUUUGAGCAGGAACAAAAACUGACUGGCGGAAUUAUAAUUAAAAAUAGCGCUUUGAUACCCGAUAACCAUAGACUGAAUUUAGAGGUAAUAAAUAGUUUUAGUAGGAACCGCAACGAUGCAUUGGCGAAAAAAUCUCAGUCUGAGAGCGGCAAAGUUCAGCUUAUAACAACGCCAACUAGCAGUAGACACGCGUACAAGAAUUGUUGUAAUAAUCCAUCUAGUUCUAAUAGCACUAGUAAUAGGGAACAAAACAGUAAUAGUACAACAAAGUCAACGGUAAAAGUUAAUCUGUCAGCUAGUCUAGAUAGCUAUUGUGCAGCUAGUGAAUCCGUAAAUGGACCGGAUAUGGCUGAUGGGCCUUCCUGUUCUUCCUCAAUGGCUUCGUCCUCGUCUUCUUCGGCCUCCAGUAGCAGUAAGACGCAUAAUCGUCAACAACAGCAGCAAUUAGAUGCGAUCUUCAAUAGUAACUCCAAUGAUAGUCUAUCAUCCGAUCGUUCUAUAUUUAUCCCCAACCUGCAAGCUCUGAAAGCAUCUGCCAAGGAUUGCCCAACAGCUCCCAGCAGCAGCGGUGUCAAUGAGCCAGGAACAUCAUCUUCCUCGUCGUCAUCACCAUCACCUUCAUCAGCAAGCUGUUCCGCUGGUCCUUCAACUUCCGGAGCAACCAAAGCACCAUCCGACUGUAGUUUAUCGUCUUGUGCAACAUCGGUCAUAAAGCAAACAGGAGAAUGCAGCAAAAACAUCAACCACCAUCCCAUUCCCUCAACUAGUACUAGUAGUUCCUCGCUGUUUUCCUUUAGUUGUCCCUUUGGAAGCGCAGAUCGUGAAACCGGCGAAGGAUGUAGUAACGGCAAUGUUUCCCUAAGAAGAUUCCCUUCGAAUGGCUCGAAUUUUGCCGAUAACAUUGCCGAUGAAGUGGAACCUUCUAGUUCAUCUCACCGUAUUCGCCAACCACAACUUCAUCACGAGCAUAAUCACAUGGAGGAUCCCCUGUUGGAACCUUCUGAACUAUCGAUGCCACCGGAGCUAGCCGCUUCGGCAUCUGUCGUCGAUCACGAAUGCGACGAAGACAACUGGGCCGAUUGCGAAGAAGGCUCCGACGAAGAAAUAUGCACCUGCCGAGAUUAUACCGAUGAUGAAGGAAACGGCACUACCGGAGCCGGUGGCCAUGCUAGCAGCGAAGACGAACUGCCCUCCAGGGACGUUGAUCUAUCGAGCUUUACUCACAUGGAUGCCGCUGAGGAUAUUCUUGCUCAUGAUCCGAGUACCGGUGGGUCCGGUAGCGCGGCCAAUACUAGCGGAAACAACGCACAAACGCCAAGACUGCAUCGGAAGCGCAAACUUACCGAAAAUCGCAUUCUAUUCGGAAGCGGCGGCUGCCGGACUUCAACGGGAGGAAUGUCGGAGACCACCGGUGGACUGGGUAGCCAUUGCGAUAGCCCUAGUACGGAAUCGCUCAACUACAACAGCCGCAAACGAUUAGCUUUAGAUAGUACCAGCUCGCCACGAACGGUGCGUAGUCCGUCUAAUCUUGCUUCGACGCCCACGACAUCUUCAGCGCUGGGAGAACGGAAGACUCCCCGAAGUGUAAUCCCUACCAAAGAUAAUCCUCCUCCCGAACUGAACGAGUGGCUGCUGCAAUUCCAGCGAUGGACACCAGUCGAGCGUCUGGUAGCUGUCGACAUGCUGAUCGAACGCUGCGAACCAACCCAGGUUCGACACAUGAUGAAAGUUAUCGAGCCACAGUUCCAGCGAGAUUUCAUCUCGUUACUGCCCAAGGAAGUGGCUUUACAGGUCCUAUCAUACCUGGACCCGAAGGAUCUCCUCCGGGCGGCCCAAACCUGUCGGAGCUGGCGUUUCCUAGCGGACGAUAACCUCCUGUGGAAGGAAAAGUGCAAGGAAGCAAACAUCGUCAUGGAUGUGACCGGUGGGGAUCGACCAAAACGAGGUCGCGCAGGCAAUAUGCCACCAAUUUCGUCGCCCUGGAAGGCGGCUUACAUGCGGCAACACAUCAUCGAGAUGAACUGGCGCUCGCGGCCGAUACGUACCGCCAAGGUCCUGAAGGGCCACGACGAUCACGUCAUUACGUGCCUUCAGUUCUGCGGCAACCGCAUCGUGUCCGGGUCUGACGACAAUACGCUCAAAGUGUGGUCCGCCAUCACCGGAAAGUGCCUUCGAACACUGGUCGGUCAUACGGGAGGCGUUUGGUCGUCUCAAAUGUCCGGCAAUAUUAUCAUCUCCGGCAGUACCGAUCGCACUUUGAAAGUGUGGAACGCCGAAACCGGCCAGCUGCUGCACACAUUGUAUGGACACACUUCGACAGUGCGUUGUAUGCAUUUGCAUGGAAACAAAGUCGUCAGUGGUUCCCGAGAUGCGACGUUACGUGUGUGGGACGUAGACGAGGGCACUUGCCUGCAUGUUUUGGUGGGUCAUUUGGCCGCCGUUCGAUGUGUUCAAUACGAUGGUAGGCUAGUAGUUUCCGGAGCGUACGACUACAUGGUGAAGGUGUGGAACCCAGAGCGUCAGGAGUGUCUCCAUACGUUGCAAGGCCAUACGAAUCGUGUCUAUUCCCUGCAGUUUGACGGCGUCCACGUGGUGUCGGGAUCGUUGGAUACGUCGAUCCGUGUGUGGGAAGCGGAAACCGGCAGUUGCAAGCACGCCCUUAUGGGUCAUCAGAGUUUAACUUCCGGCAUGGAGCUCAGAUCGAACAUUUUGGUGUCCGGUAAUGCCGAUUCCACGGUUAAGGUGUGGGAUAUCAUCACGGGACAGUGCUUGCAGACGUUAUCUGGGCCCAACAAGCACCAGUCGGCCGUGACUUGUUUACAGUUCAAUUCUCGCUUCGUGAUAACCAGCUCCGACGACGGCACUGUGAAGCUGUGGGACGUUAAGACUGGAGAAUUCAUACGCAAUCUGGUCGCCCUGGAAUCUGGGGGCUCCGGAGGUGUAGUGUGGCGUAUUAGGGCUAACGAUACGAAGCUGAUAUGCGCUGUCGGUUCGCGUAACGGAACGGAGGAAACCAAACUGCUGGUUCUCGACUUCGACGUAGAAGGUGCCUGUUUGAAAUGCUCAUAGGUUCUGGUUAAGUAUACUCUUUAACAACCUCCCCCUUGAAUAACAGAACCCCCUUUUCUGUGCUUUCCUACUGUCCUUCUCCUCAGUUUUCUAACACUACGAAGAUCGUCCCCGUUGAAAGGACUAUAGUUUGACGAAAGAAAUCAGAAAAAUAGUUAUAAUUGAAAAAAAAAAAACUGAAAAAGGUAUAACAGAACGGUGUAGCGAUAGAGAUGGAAGGAAGUGAAAAAAAUCUAAAGCGACCCUGCCAAAGGGACGCAACAAAAAGUAAAUUUUAUACCAAUAGUAAAAGAAAAAAGUGCUUGAUUAAUAAGGUAAUUUGCCAAUUGAUCAAUCGAAACCGGAGAAACACAUCCAAUACGUUUCAAGUCCUGCCGUACUGUUGAAGUCCUCACCGUGAGCAUUUGUGUUCGCUUUGAAUAUUUGUUAAACUUUGUUUUCUCGUUGAGUUUAACGGAGAUCAAGAUUGUUCACUCUAGCACAUAUGAUUUCCUGGCAGCGCCGCGCGUUGCCGGCAUAAUGCCUUCUUAUAUCUUUUUAUGUUUUCUUUUGAAACAAAUUGGAAUAGUUGAUUUUCUUACAUUUUAUAUUGUUCUUUAAAAAUCUAUCUAUGUGUUGUGAAUCAAAGUGAUUCUUUUCUGCUCUUACGGUGAGCAUCUUUAAACAGGACUACCGUUUCGGUUCCAUUUCUCCUAUUUUGGGUAGCAUUCGAUUCGAUCAAUGGCUUGGAAAAACAUGCUUUAACCUAUUAACGAUACACAGCUUUCGCUUUAGUUUUUAGUAUCCAAUCCUCAAUUUUUGAAGGUGUCGUCGUUGAGCAUAUUGAUUGAACAGGCGCAAACUUAUCUUAAACAAUGGAUUAGAAAUAAUUACAGCAAAGUACGAACUGACCGAUAAAAAUGUUACAAAACAGGCAGAAUUAAACCAAUACCUAAACAAUUAAACACCUUCACGCAAACACACAUAUAUUCUAACAAAAUCACCACAAUCGCAAAAUGGAAAAAAUAGUUGGAGGACAGAAAAUAACAAAUUCGGUAAAACCACAUUACAACAAAACACACGAAAAUCACAAUUAGACAGAAAGGAAAAACCGUGUACAAUUUAGUUAAAUGUCUGUUUAGAAAUUCGAUGUCUCAAAUGUAUAGAUUCCAAUUGAAUGAUCUUUUGUUUUUAUUAUUUAAGUUUUUGCAUCAAUUCAAAGAAAUUUAUCCCUCAUUAGCAAAAUUAUUACCUCUAGGAUUUAUUGUCUGAAAAUUAAUUGCUAUUUUGUUCGAACGCUUUUUCUUCUUUUCUUAGAAAGAAUUCGUUUCCUGUUCAAAAUUCGAGAUAUCUUCAAAAACUUCCUUCAGUUUCUUGUUAAAAUACUAAAUAGACGAAACCACACAAAAAAAAAACAAAGAACAAAUUAACCUCUAAACUGUAAAAGAAAUUAUACGAAAUAUGCGGUAGUGAACUAUGGAAGUGCUACCCAAAAAAAAGUAUGUCGAAAAUCCAAUAAAACAAAAGUAAACACUUUUAGUAAUGCAUUACCAACUAUCGAAACAAAA